GUCACUACGCAAUACGUACCCGAAACGCAAUCGGUUCAACGGGGUUCUACGCACGUGCGGCAAUCUUUUUUUAUUAUUAUUAAUCAACUUUAUUAAUGCCUUACAGACUGCAAUAACAAAGCAUCAAACCAUGGGCAUUAACAAAUAACAAGUGGAGCACGUGCGGCAAUCUAUUUUACGGCAGCAAGCGAUAUACUGUACGUCUCCCCUCCCCCUACUCCGGAAAACGUUAUGAGGAUCGAUAGAAAUUUUAGAAAUUACAACAUAAUCGAUCUCUUUUUCGUAUAUCAUAUCCAUCUAGAUUAAUCCAGCAUUGCACUCUGCUUGUGGUUGUUUACAUUGAAAUAUCAAUGCAUUUUAUGUGUUUUAUUCUAUGUAUUUAUGGACGUCAUAUGUAACAGGAUAUGACGUUUACGUCUGCGCUACGUGCAUUGGGUACAUUUUCACGUAGCGCAGUCCUCGCGCAUGCGUAUUGCGUCUAUAUACAGUAUGUCUAUGCUCGUGAGGAGAAGCGGUAUAGAAAAUGGAUGGAUGGAUGGAUGGAUGGAUGGAACGAACGAACGAACGGAACGAACAACUAUUGUUGUUUCUCAUUCAAAGAAUUUGGGCUUUUUUCCACCAAUGCCCUUCUGUGCCCGAGAACUCAUUCCCUGACUUUAGAAACAAUAUAACAAUAUCAACAACAGAAUGUAACUCAAAACAAUCGACAUAAUACAGAUAAAGUCCACCUCAUCCAGCACCAUGUGAUGUUGAGGCAGAGGAUGGUCGAAACCCGUUGUUUGGGGGCAAAGCUAAUUUUAUUUUAAGUAGUUAAAACGAAUCCAGCAACUUUUAAGCUCACAAUGCUGUUGUGAUGUGUCAUUUCUGCCUGCCGUUCCUCCAAAAGAAAGAAUGUGACUGAUGCGGCUCAUGUUAGCCACAGUUAUGUUAGCGCGUGUGCGCCGCCAUCUUGUUUGUUUAUCUUGUCACGUCACCUCCUAAUCGGCCAAUCAACUGCGCGCUACACAAAAUAUCCAGCCAAUCUCGCGUACGCUUUGAUCGCACUUUCGAUACACGUUCUAAUGACGCCACAAAAGACUUCUAAUUGUUAAGAAUGAUGAUCACAAAUAGUCACACAAUGCCUUUAACUUUGUCGUGAUGUUCUUAUGCGGAGCUCUGCGUGCUGACCCGUUAGUGGUCCUCAACAAACAGCUUGCAGGGGAUUUUUUUUUCUCACUGCUCUGCCGCUAAAGCGAAAGUGAACAGCUGAGCGAUAAGGUCUCCCUGAAAUGUCCUGCACUGACAACACCGUCUUCCUGUCCUGUCUUCUCCUCCUCAUCCACUUGGCAUUCCUGGUGGAAGUUGUCCCAUCAGGUUCCGACCAAGGGCAGGAGGAGGACCAUUGCGCCGAGCUCAGCAACACCACGUGGCUGCGGUACCGCCAGCAGCGCCUCCAGAUGCAGGUCCGAUACCUGCUGCUGACCCGCCAGAACCCCGAGUGCGCUCAGACUCUUGAUCAGGAUUCUCUGGGCGAAGCACAGCAGAACCACUUUAAUGCGUCAAAGCCCACCAAGGUCAUCAUACACGGAUACAGGGCACUAGGCAGCAAGCCGUCGUGGGCCCAAGAUCUGGCUCAGGCCCUCCUGAGGGUGCAGGAUGUCAACGUCCUGGUGGUGGAUUGGGUCUGCCGCGCCUCCUUCGCCUACAACGUGGCGGUGGAGAACUACAAGGAGGUGGCGGUGCAGAUCUCCGUGCUCAUCAACCUGCUGCAGAAACAAGGAUGCACGCCGGAGUCCUUCCACUUCAUCGGGGUCAGUCUGGGGGCGCACGUGGCCGGCUUUGUGGGGACUCUCUUCGAGGGGAGGAUUGGGAGAAUCACGGCUCUGGACCCGGCGGGCCCCAUGUUCAAAGGAGCAGACACCUUUGACCGCCUGGACCCGUCUGAUGCUGAGUUUGUGGACGCCAUCCACACAGACUCUGACUAUUUUGGCAUCUCCAUCCCCGUCGGCCAUGUUGACUUCUUCCUGAAUGGCGGCAAGGACCAAACAGGAUGUGCACGCUUCCGCUUCGCCUCCAGUGAGCCCCGCCCCACACUGUGUGUGUGUGUGUGUGUGUGUGUGUGUGUGUGUGUGUGUGAUAUUGUCAGCUCUGGGCUUCUUCCAGUGUACGGCUAUGUGAUUUGUGACCACAUGAGGGCGGUGCACGUCUACAUGAGCGCCCUGAACGGCUCGUGCCCGCUGACGGGGAUCCCGUGCUCCAGUUACGACAACUUCCUGAGGGGGCGCUGUGUCGACUGUGACGCCUUCAAGGGGCGGUGCCCCACCAUUGGCUUAUCUGAAAAGUGCGGGAUCAGCGGUUCUCCCGUUCACAGCGAGCAGAAGUUGUUCCUCCUCACCACGUCGCUGCCGCCUUUCUGUGCUCAGCAUAUCCUGCUGGUGAUGGAGGUCUCCGCCCUCAGGAGAAGCGCAGAAGUGGAAGUGACGCUGAAGACCGGCAACCUGGCGACCGAGCAACGACUCCGGCUUCAGACGGAUACGAGCACGUACAGAACCGUGUUGGCUCACCCCGUGGCGCUGUGCGAGAUCCACUCCAUCACGCUGAGGAACACAGGCGCCCGCUUCUACCGGCAGAGCGACGUCCACGUCAAGUCCGUCUGUCUGUCUCACAUCGCCUCCACCACGUACGUACUUCACGCUGCCUGGAAGAGACGGCUUCAACAACGGCGGUGUGACGUGGCGGAGGCGGCAUGCGGGGAUUGCGAUGCUAUGCCGUGAUGCACCAACCUUGUCGUUUUUGCAGCAGUCGUUCUUUUCUACUGCAGGGAGUCGUCAAAAAGUGACAUCGUGUUGGUUUUUUUGUCUUUGCAGGCGCGAGCAACCGCUGUGCAUCAACAACAUCAACGUCAGGCGAGGGGCGCCCUGGUCACAUGACUUGGUGCAGGUGUGCGGCUUCUUUUGAGUGUGCCAGAACAAGGUGGAGCUGCCCGCGGGUGCCUUGGUAGUGACAACGUCUACACCUCGUAAUAAUAAUGGAACCCAUGACAACGAUAGGUCAAUAAACAGCCUCUUCCCUCAUCGUUGGACUGCACUGUCAUGUGGUUUACACGUCAAAGCAGUAAACGAGGCUCGUACAAGCACACCGGAUGCUAUGUUAGUAUCAUAAAUAUCUUUCAAUUGUUUUUCAUGAAAUCAAAUUCGGCGGAACCUUGGUUUGAGUCAUCAGCGCGUUCCAGAAGUUCUGACUCUACUUGAAACGUACUCACACCGAAUCCAUUUCUCCUACAAGAAAUCAUGUAAAUCCAAAUAGUCCAUGCAUUUACACGCAGAAGACAAUUCCAAAUGCGUACAAAUGCACAUCGAUGACAAAUGAAAGGGAUUAAUGAACGUUUACGGGAUUCUUGCCAAAGAUACGACGAUCAACACGGACAUCACCUUCCUGGUUUGCUUCAAGUUAUUUAGUAGUGCAGUAGAUGUCCAAAGUGCGCACGGGGGGCCAUUUGCUGCCCGCAGCUGUUUUUUUUAUUGGCCCGCCACACAUUCUGAACUAGGACGGAGUAUUAUGGCCACGCUAAGAAAAAACCCCAAAAAAACAGAUUUCGAGAAUUAAGUGGUAAAUUUGCAAAUUAACGAGAAAAAACGUGUAAUAUUACGAGAAAAAAGCCUUAAAUUUACAAAAAGUUAUACAUUUACGAGAAUAAAGUCGCAAAUUUACGAGAAUAAAGUUGUAAUAUUACAAGGAUCGUCGUAAAUUUCCGACUAUAUACUCAUAACGUUAAAUUAACGAGAGUAACGUCUUAAAUGUACAAAAAAAAACGUGUAGUAUUACAAGAAUAGUCGUAAAUUUAUGACAAAAAAUCGUAAUAUUACGAGAAUAAUCGUAAAUUUACGAGAAAUUUUAAUUACGAGAAUAAAGUCGUAAAUUUCAGAGAAUAGUCUUAAUUGACGAGAAUAAAGUCAUAACAUACAAGAAAUAAGUCGCAGUUUUACGAGGAAAAAAGUCAUACUAUUACAAGAAUAAAGUUGCAAAUUUACGAGAAUAAAGUAACAUAGGAGAAAAAACAAUUCUUAAAGUUUUCCCAUAAUGCAUUGCGUCUGAGCAAAGCAUUCAUCUGUGCCUCCCUCUGGUGGACAGAGUCAGCAUUGCAGCACCAUCCAUUUUCCAUGCCGCUUGUGCGCCAAUGAAAUGCUUUGCUCAUACAAAAUGCAUUAUGGAAAACAAAACCAUUUAAGCCCGUAUUGGUACAUGUUUGUAUAUUUACCAGGCGUACCUUUUGAGUGUUAAGUUGCUGUGUGAUGACUUUGGUGUUCUUUGUAAGAUGACACCGAGAGUCAGACUUUCCAAUGGGUUGACAAGAUCAUCGUGAGUUUUUUCGUAACUCAUGAUUGGCUCCUGUUAAAUGAACAUCUGCCUGGUCCUCUCGGACUCGUGCGUGCCACCGAUAUUCCAUUUUAUGACGUGGACACGUGCGGUUUAUAUGCCUUUAGUGGGUGUGGCUUAUACGCCAGAAUUGACAGUAAACCACCCAUAGGGUAGUGUUUCUCACGUCAAGUCUCCAUUCUUCUUAUUGGUCACGGCUGCAAAAUAAGCCAAGAUGGAGCCAAAGACAGUUGAAAGUGCCAACGUUUCGACAAAGGUGAGAAACACUAUUAAAGAAAAAUACCCAACGGCAAAACACAAAGGCGGCGGUGUCCGUGUUGAUCUUGCCGCCACAUCGCGUCUUCAGUGAAGGGAAGAGCAACCUUAAAGCUUUGAGACGAAAAAAAAAGCUCUUGCCGUCAUAGUUUGCCAUGAUGGAUUGAAUGAAAGAAGGAAAGCGCUGUGACAGCAAGUUUUUAAUGUUUUAAAGGUGUCAGCUGGUGCAAAGUGUCGGAAAUACACGUUGUUACGGGCGUCGCAAACGCGUGCCUUUCUUCACUACCCGCAGUGCUAGUAUUUUAGCGAUGAGUGAACAUAACGUGUUGAAAUAUCAUAGUACACAAUGACAUCAUACAUUCAUGUGAACACAUGAAACAUCUCGAAAUGAAAUAUGACGGCACACCUGAAACAAUGCAAUGCUGAUUUACAGCGGCGUGAAAAAACGCUUUUUUUUGCAUGUUUUUUCACACUUUAAAUGUUUCAGAUCGUCAAACUCAUUUAAAUAGCAGUUAAUGGCAACACAACUCGACACAAAAAACUUAUUAAGGGAGGAAAAAAAAUCCAAACAUAACUUUACUGAGACUAACUGAGAUCCAUCAGUGUGGAAAAGCUUCUAAAGCCAUUUCUAAAGCUUUGGGACUCCAGCCAACCACAGUGAGAGCUAUUAUCCACAAACGGCGAAAGCAUGGAACAGUGGUGAACCUUCCCAGGAGUGGCCAGGAAACCGAAAUGACCCCAAGAGUGCAGCGGCGACUCAUCAGAGGUCACAAAAGACCCCACAACAACAUCCAAAGAACUGCAGGCCUCACUUGCCUCAGUUAAGGUCAGUGUUCAUGACUCCACCAUAAGAAAGACACUGGGCACAAACUUAUUGUUUAGGGAGACAAAAAACAUCCAAAGCUACAUGUCCCUGUGUGAAAAAGUGAUUGCCCCCUAAAACCUAAUAAGUGGUUGGGCCUCCCUGAGCAGCAACAACUGCAAUCAAGCGUUUGUGAUAACUUGCAGCGAGUCGAAUUUGCAGAAUUGUUGUCAUUCAGCCACAUUGGAGGCUUUUCCUUUUUAAGGUCAUGCCAUAGCAUCUCAAUAGCAUUCAGGUCAGGACUUGGACUAGGCCACUCCAAAGUCUUCAGCCAUUCAGAGGUGGACUUGCUGGUGUGUUUUGUCUUCCAGGUCCUGAAGCAGCAAAACAGCCCCAGACCAUCACACUACCACCACCAAAUUUUACUGUUGGUUCACCGCUGUUCCUCCCCCACCCCCCCCACUCUUUCCCCACUUUUUCCGCCUUAAUAAUAAAAGGUUUCAUUUAAAAAGCA